AUGAAACAAAUUUUUUUUUUAUUUAAUUAUAAAUUAUUUGUAUCGUUAAUAUCAAUGGGAAUAAUAGCAACAAUAAUAGUUUCAGGUGUCAAAAGUGAAAAAAAAAUUCCUAAAUAUUUGGAAGAGUGUUACACUAACGAAACAUUAAGUGGAGCACGUUUGCCGAUGACGCUGAAUGUCCUGAUAGAUAUUUUCCGUAAAAUAGAGUUACAUGUACAAAAUUCAGUAGAUUUGAGACUACUGGUGACUUCGAUGUUACACAGAUUCAAAUUUGAUGGCAUAGAACAGCACCAAGUAAAAAUUAGCCUAAUAGAAGGCAUUCUCCCGUUCAGCGGCACCGGGAGUCAAAGAGUUAAAAAUGAAAUCAUCAAUGAGUUCAUACCUGGCAACCCGGAUUUUUUUCCUGUACAAUCAUUGAGCUUGGUAGAACGAUGCACUCUACAUCGCGCUAUUUCGAAUACUAUUGCUGAUCAUGAUCAACCCGAGAGUAAAUUGUGUGUUGAUAGGCCUACUGAAAAAAUAUAUGCGAAACCAGUGGAAAGUAAAAAAUUGUGUCCAUUGGAGCAAGGAAUUAUUUUAACUGAAUUUGGUACAGUAGCACCGGGAACACUAAUAACAGGAAUCGCUGCUGCUCUUCAGUACCAGACUAUUGCUGUAAAACUUUUAUAUGAUUCAAUACCGAAUCCGUAUGAUUUUAAUGAAGAUGAAGUGGAUUUCGUGAUACCAAGACAUGAAAUUCUGGUUAAUAAAUCUAUGUGGUUCAGUAAUUUGCAGCGAUCAAAUGCUCAAGUUGAUAAUAUUUGGUUGGCUACAGUCGCUGGUGAAUUGGCUGAGUUGGUUAUUUAUGAAGGUCCAAUAAAAGGUGAAAAAAUGUCAUUAGGCUCAAGUGGAUCUUGGGACAGUACAAUGAGACCAAUGUUAUUUUAUUUACUGAACAAAGAUGACAAUUAUGAAGUUACCAGAGCUGAAAUUGUCGGUGCUGUUGAUGGUUUCAUAAUAGCAAAUAGUUUGCGAACAUGGAUAAAAUAUUUCAACAACUUACGACUCAGCCAAAUUUUCGAGAUUUACUACUCAUCAAAAGGUGCAUUUUUCGACUCUAAUAUCGCAGCGUGCGAGCGUGGUAAAGUUUUCUGGUACCACGCUUCUCGUAAAAUGUUAAAAGAACAAACCUACGCAGUAUCACAAAUUUUGGCGUACAAAAAAAGUAUAUCCUACAUGACGGACGAGUCCCUAAAAACAAUGGUUAAUCAUGCAGUAUCCAAAUUCACGACUUAUGUAAACGAUCAUUUAUUCACAGAAUUACGUUGUCACAAAGAAAAAAAAUAUCCACGCGUCCAAGUUCUAGUAGCGUUUGACGGUUCUUGGUCUAAAGAGUACACUCAAGAUUUUCUAUCAGUACUAAUAGAAGACUUAAAUGUCUCCUUGUAUGGUUCAAAAAUAGGAAUUCUUAAUGGUGAAAACGGAGACUGGAUUUUAAAUACUACCGACAGCCCGUCGACGGCUCACGAAAAAAUUUCUACCCUCGAUGCAUCAACUUGGCCGAAUAAUUUAAACAUAUUCUCGGUAAUUAACACCGCGAAUAAUUAUUUAACUACAAUAUGGAGUCAAAAAUCUGCGAAUCAUGACAUAGGAAAUUUGGGACAAGUGAUUUUACUUCUGGCUCCAAGGACGGUUGUAAAAGAAGGUGAAAGACAGGACAUAAAAUCCUCUUUGAUAAAUUUAAAAUCCAACCAUCCGGAUGUCAAUAUUGUUUACUUUGUGUCUAAAAAAAACGCGGCAAGCUUCAGAGAAUUUUUGACUAGUCCUGAAGAUUACUUGAUUGACUCCCGGAUUGAUGAGAUUGCCAGCUACGUAUCUACGAUUCCGCGAAGCCUGAGGCUGAAUUGCAGUGAAAAAAAUAGCAGUUCUCAUGAACAAGUCGAAGAUUAUGUGAAGCCCCAGGAGUCGAUUUUUUACCGGCUAGACCCGCAGUGGAGGUGGAAUACGCAGAGAAUUUCUAUGACGAUUAUUUCGGUGGGAUACGGGAGCUUUGAAGUUUGCUGGUGGACGCAGUUUGACGGAAAUGUAAUAAAAAAUAGAUAUAAUUGCCGGGAACUUUCGGGACAUUCCGAGUUUAUUAUUAAUGAUACUCAAGAUUGUAAAAAUAAAAACGCUAAUUGUCCGGGAAUUUAUUAUCAAAUUCGUGGAUUGAAUUCUUUAAAAAAAUGCGCUGAAAUUGAGUGCAGAACACCAGAAUAUAUCAGAUAUUUAUUACGGCUCAAUAUUCAAUGCUCACGUGCUUCGAUAUUGGAAAGUAAAAAUUUAUUUGUCUUCUUACUGCUAAUUCUUGGAAUGGAUUAUUUAAUAAGUUGAUUUUAUACGAAAAU